AGUGAUUCUCAUUCCGUUGCAUUGCGUUGCACAUAGUCACGACUCGCGCUCCGUUCUUAACGUUCGACUCGUCCAGCGGAACACCAGAGAGAAACGAAAUCCGUAUCGUUACAGAAACGUUUUUGUUUUUUUCCUUUUCAUUUUUUAUUCUAAGAUAAUCUCGCGCGCGCGCGCUCAUUACAUAUAUAUAUAUUAUUAUUAUAUAUACAUGUAGUUGAGAUAUCGCUCGUUUGCCCGUCGUCCUUAUCCGUAAUCGAAUUUAUAAAUUCCCGCCAGUUGCCGACUGACGUGCGUGCCGGUAACAGUUUUUCAGUGCGAGUUGAUAAUAACAAAUAUUUACCGUUUCAAACAUUAUCAUUCGAAUCGUUAUUAUAUUUUAAAAAUAUAAAUCACAUAUUAUACACCCGUUAUUGUCAUUGUUGCACGUACAGUUGUCGUGCUCGUCUUAUACCGUGUACGGCUGUGCCGAUACGAUAAAAAUAACACGCAAAGUGACAAAACAGAGAUAUAAAUAAUAUUUUAUAAACAGAAAAUAUUAUAUUAUUUGAACUUAAUAUUGAAGUGUACGCGGAAUACGGGCGUGAAAAAAAAUCAUCAGAGUUUAGAAUCGGUUUUUUUUUAUUGUUUUCCCUGUGAACACCACACCGGUACCAUGGCCUUUAUGAUGCCCGUAGUGAAAAAUGAUUACAACAUUUACAAAUCGAACCGGAACAGACGCGUGUCCGAGUGUUCCAACGACAAAACUUCUGGCUCAUCGGGUUCCUCGUGCGGUACCAGACGAGUACACAGUGGUUCCCGAUCCGCAGACGGCCCGUCGUUAUCCACAUCACCCGGCAGUGACUUCAUGGUCAGCUCGCCAGCUCAUCGGUCACUCGGUGCUGUAUCUAGGCACACGGCUUUCCACCACGGUAGCCAGCAGAAUCACCACGGUGUGGCGUCUAGAAACUCGUCCAGAAACUCGCAGUCUAGUCUUCAGAGCCCUGCCAAGUCCUCAUCAUCAUCGUCGUCGCCGCCCAAGGUAUCAUCUACGUCGUCACUUAACAUAUUCCACUCGAAACUUGUUGACAAACUCAGGCGGUCGCUGACGUCUAAAUCCAAAGACAACAGUACAUCAACGACUUCCAGCAAGGACAUAGCGAGGAGAAGAUCCUGAGAUAUGGCCAAAGGCGAUGACCACCCACGCUCAGUUCCAAAUCUGACUAGGUCAGCAAAAAGCCGGCCAGUGUCUAAUAUGGCUACAUCAUGUCCACUAGGCACUAAUAUCGCGCUAUGACAAUAUAAACAGUAAAAAACACAAGAAAACCAACAACAAAUCAUUGUGUGCUCUUAUGUGCAUGGGUAAGUGCCGGCACUUUGUUUAGAAUAAUAAAUUAUUUAUUACAUUGGUUGUAUCUAUUUUAAAUGCUGAAUUGGUUUUUAAAAUGGAUACAUCAAGUGUUAUGUUUAAUAAUAGAAAGUAUUCUAAAUAUGUUUAAAUAAUAGCCUAUUUUAAGUUGAUAACUAGCCCAUAUAACAAUUUUUUAUUAGCUACAUUUUAUAUGUACAUAUUGAGUUAUGACAGCUUAUGGCUUAUCUCAGCAUUAGGGUUUAUUUUUAAUAUUCAUUUUUUAGUACUUUAAGAAUACCUUUUGGAAAAAUAAAAAAGUUACACGACUAAUUAUAACUUAAGCCUAUCAAUCAAUAGGGAACAAGGUGUUGUAACCUAAAUAUUUUAAUGUAAAUUAUUGUUAAUAAUGUUUUGAUGUAUUAUCAGUGAUCAAAAAAUGAGGGUUUUUUUUAAAAUUAAGAUACUCUGAUAGUGUCAAAUAUAAAAUCAAUGCAAUUUAAUACAAUUUUAAGUCCAAUUGGAUUCUAGGCAAGAUUUAAAAUAAAUUACUUGGUAGACACUUAUUGUUCUUUCUUACCAACCCGCCUACUUUAGUUUAUAAAUAAUUGUAUAUAAUAUAUCAAAUGGUAAUUUGGGGGUAAUAUUUCAUUCAAAAGCUUUUAUAAU